AUGCUUCAGGUCAAUUCGGCCGUCGACUACAGGCACGACUGGGCGCCUACAAUUUCCUAUGGUUUCGUCUGCUUCGUCCAAAUCGUUAACAUCGUCGACACUAUCGUCAUCAUCAUCGACUUCGAUUUCGUCGACGUUCUUAGCAGAACUGACUGUAAUGCCUAG